AUGGCGGAAGGCACAAUCGACACCAAUUUGUACAGCCGGCAGAUCGGCACUUUCGGCAUGGAGACCAUGGGGAAGUUGAUACAGAUGAAAGUUCUGAUCUCGGGGUUGCGCGGGCUCGGCGCGGAGAUUGCAAAGAACCUGAUUCUGGCAGGGCCAGCGGCAGUGGUGCUUCAUGACGAAUCGUUGGUAGAGGCCCGGGACCUGGGGUCGAACUUCUACCUGGUCGAGGCCGACGUGGGCAAGAGGAAGCGCGCCGAGGCUUGCGCCGCCCAGCUCGCCCAGCUCAACCCGUACGUGACCGUUACGGUCCACUCCGGGCCCAUCACGGACGGCCUCUUGGCAGGCAUGUCCGUGGCGGUGUUCACCGACACUAGCCAGUCGGACUUGCUCAGGUUCAACGAGGUGUGCCGCUCGCGCACGCCGGCGGUCGGCUUCGUUGCGGCGGACUGCUUCGGCGUGGCCGGUACCGCGUUCGUCGACUUCGGGGACUCGUUCACUUGCCGCGACAAGGACGGCGAGGAGCCGAAGAGCGCCAUAGUUGCCGGCGUCACGCAGGAGAGCCCCGGAACGGUGCACACCCACAACGAGCGGCGCCACGGCUUCCAGGACGGCGACUGGGUGACGUUCCGCGAGGUCCAGGGAAUGACGCAGCUCAAUGAUGCGAAGCCUAGGCAAAUCAAGGUGACGGGGCCGUUCUCGUUCACGAUCGAGGACACCACGGGGUACUCGGCCUAUCUCAGGGAGGGCAUUGUGACCCAGGCCAAGGUGCCAACUCAGAUGAAGUUCGCUUCGUAUAGGGCGUCGACGGUGCAGCCCAGACCGGAGGGCGGCGAGGACUGCGAGGCCGCGCCGCCAGGGCGCCCGGCGAAGGUGGCGGAGGUGGUGGCCGCGCGGCUGUCCAGCUCGCUGCUGGGAGACCUCGGCGCCCAGCUGGCGGCCAGCGCGGACGCGGAGGCGCGGGCCGCCGCCUGCACGUCGCGGCGGCAGAAGGCGGAGGCCGUGGUCGGGGAGGUGCGCGCCUACCUGCACGUCGAGGGCACGGGCGCCUCGCACGACUGCCUCCAGUGGGCGGUGGGCCUGUGCUACGGGCUGCUGCACACCCUCGCGGCCCUGGAGGCCGCCGAGGGCCCGCCCCCGCAGGCGUUGGCCGCGCAGGAGUACGCGAGGCUCGUGUCCGCCGUGAACAGCCUCAAGGAGUGUGCGGAGAAGCUGCGCGGUGCGGCGCUCCUGGGCGACGAGCCUGGGCCAGGGCGCACCGCGCGCGCGGGAGGCUCGCAGCCGUCGGGGUGCCUCGCCGGCCUGGCGGCCGCGCUGUGGCGCGGCCAGGGCCGCUGA